GCUUCUCUCUCUUCUCUCUCACCUCUGCGCCGCUCCUAGUCUACUCAGCACCGCCUGCAGGCCCUCCCUCCGAAGACCUCGUUCUUCAGCCGCUCUUUGCACCAGUCACUCUUUACUGCCGCUCGUUCCAUCCUAUAUAACAACGCCCUCACGCUCUACCCAGCUACCUAACAGCUAAUACCCUAAUUCGAGUAACUCCGUCGCCAUGUUCACCAAGCUUUCUGCCCUCGCCCUCUUCGCCGGCAUUGCUGCCGCUAUCCACACGCCCGUCGGCGACCCUGAGGGCAACCCCAUCACUCGUCCGCUGCUCGAGGUUGUCCCGGCCUGCAAGCCCUUCACCAUCGAGUGGGACCCGACCACCACCAACACCGUCUCCCUCCAGCUCCUCAAGGGCCCCUCCACCAACGCCGUUCCCUUCAGCAUCAUCGUCGAGGGCAUCGAGAACAGCGGCAGCUUCGUCUGGACUCCUUCCGGCGAUCUCGAGCCCACCGCCGAUGCGACGGGCUAUGGCAUCCAGCUGAUCGACGACAUCACCGGCCAGUACCAGUACUCGACUCAGUUCGGUAUCUCCACCGACGACUGCGAGGUCGUUCCCUCCAGCACUCCGUCCGGCUACCCGACCGUCACUCCGUCUGAGACCAAGACUCCUUCCUCAAGCGCCUACCCCACCGCCCCGGCCAACAGCACCACUUUCUGCACCACCACCACUAAGUACGUCCCGGUCCCGACUGGCACCGGCCAUGCCAACUCCACCGUCGUGUACCCCACCAAGAGCAUGACUAUCCCCGAGUCGCUCAAGACCACGGCUACUGCUGGCACCCCGACCGGCGGUGCUCCCUCGGGCACUUCGACCGGCCCCCCAGAGUCCACCGGCGCUGCCUCCGCUCUCAAGGCCGGCUUCGGUCUUGCGGGCGCCGUCGCCGCCGCUGUCUUCAUGCUGUAAGCAUCCUACUACCUUCUCGAAGCGCGAAUUCUUUCGUUCUCUCUUUGGGUACCGGUAUUUGGGAUCUUCUAUUACGCAUGCAUGACUUCGUUUCUUGAGACGGGAUGGUGUUAAUUGUCUGCGAUACCACCAUUUGCUUUCUGCGCUUCUUGUGUUUACUUGGUGGACGAGAGGAAGCGGUGCGAGAGGUUCUUGCAUAUGCAUGGCAUCGGCGGUGUACA